UCACUCUGGACAUUUUUACUUUCAAAGUUGACGCAGUUUUUAAACAAAAGAGAAAUUUAUACCUCGAUUUCCAUUAUUAUCCAACUUUGUCACAUUGUGGUACCAUAAAGGAGAGGACAAAAUACAUAAAUAUGAUCACAACUUUCUAAAGAAAAAAAUCUGACUUUCAAUGUUAACGCUGUGUAGACUAAGUGCAUCCUUCACCAACUGAGUGCAGCUUUCACCAGCAGAGUGUAGCCUUGACCUACAGAGUGCAGCUUUCACCUACAGAGGGGUAACUUCACUCAGGAAAAAGCCAUGCAUCGCAACAUUUCAGUCAACGAAGACACUUUAUUACGUGUGUUACCUGUCUCUGUAAUCCGACAUUUAUCAAACCUCCUUGACCCUAACGAUGUUUGGGAAUUACUUCUAGAGAAUAUACCACUCCAUAUUGACCAACAAAACUCUCCACCUCGAUACACGGCACAAGAUGCACAGAAUAUUCAAGAUCGAAGUCGACGAUCAGCUAAAAGUCCCACCCGGAUUAUUCUAGAAGAUUGGGGUAUGCAAAACCCUCGAAUUAAGCAUUUAAUGAAGGCCCUCAUGGACUCUGAUCUUGUUGCUGCUGCAGACUAUGUUGCUGUCGAUGUUCUAAAAGGUUCGUCUGUGAAGCAGUCAAAUUGCAUAGGAGAAAAUCGAGAUAUAUAUCUGGGGAGGCAAAUAUCACCAGUAUCAAAUCAAAAUAAUUUUGACACACCUUCCAACAAAACAACAAACUGCUGUGAGAAAAGAAUCAUGCAAUCUUUGCCACAAGAACAUAGUGAAAGGAGAAACACUUCGAUUGAUAAUUCUUCCAGACGAAGUUCGUCGGAUGUUUCUGAACUCCCCACUAUAGAAAUGAGAUCUGUACUACAUUACUCUGUCAGCAGUUUAGCGCAACAAAGCAGCUUCCCUGUCGGACAGCCGAACCCGUUUGCAGAAGCUUUUACAAAGAAGGCCACAGAGAACGAUGACACACCUGCAGUAUUGAAGCAACUACUCAACUUACACAUAGCUGGAAAUGAUGAAGCAUUCAGUAAAAUUGAAUACUCCUUACUCGAGGAAAUCACAAAUAACUUUGAUGAUUGUAGUUUAUCCGAUGGUGGUCGCCUAUUGGGCAGCGGCGGCUUUGGUUCCGUCUAUCUUGGAAUUGAAGGUAAAGAACAUGUAGCUGUGAAACGACUAUAUGAUACAACUAACGAUCUCGUUAAACAGUUUGAAACAGAAUUAAAUGUACUUAAAAAGUAUGAUUUUCUUUUUCUUUUGUUCUUUUAUUUUAUUUUUAACAAAGUCGUCCACAGAGACAUUAAAAGUGCAAAUGUCCUUCUCGAUAGAGACUUUAUCCCUAAAGUUGGGGAUUUUGCUACAGCCCGGCCUGGCCCUAUGGGAAACAACACAACAACAGUAUCAACAGCUAUUGUUAUGGGAACAUCAGCUUAUCAAGCACCUGAAGCUCGUUUGCACGAUAUUUCUGCAAAAUUAGAUUCUUUUGGUUUCGGUGUGAUUCUUCUAGAAUUAUUGACCAGUUUGCCUGCCUUUGACAUGAACCGAGAAGAUCGAGAUUUGAAAUCUCAUAUAUUAGAGAACUUUGAAGAGACAGAUUUCAAUGGUUGUGUUGACCAGGAAGCUGGCCGAUGGUCACUUGCCUUGGUGUCCAGUAUUUACCAAAUAGCAAUGGAAUGCCUACAGGAAAGAAAGAAAAAACGAGUUACUGUUGGAGAGAUUUUACCACGUCUUGAGAAAUUGGAAAACUGCUGACAAUAAAUUAACUGUGGAAUUGAGGAUUAAAUAAACCAUGGAAACAACCUGCUGAAUCUCUGCUCCCAACAACCCCACCCCUAUUUCACCCAUCCAAUCCAACCACGACCGCUGCCACCGAUAAUUACUUCUGCUGCUGUUGAAAUGCGUACCAUAAUUUAAAAAAAUAUAUA